ACAGACGUCCACAUCCUGAGUAUCAGCCAGGUCAAAUGGUGUGGCUUUCCACUCGUGACCUACGCCUGAAACUACCGUGCAAGAAAUUAAGUCCAAGGUACGUUGGUCCUUUUAAGAUUAUACGUCAAGUUAAUCCUGUUACGUACCAUUUAGAGUUGCCUGCUAAUUAUCGCAUCUCUCCGUCCUUUCAUGUGUCCCUCCUGAAACUGGCCCACGGCCCAUUGAGCCCCGAAACCACUGAAGAAGAACUGCCUCCACAGCUUGAGAUCGAGGGAGCUCCUGCCUACCUAGUCCGGGAGAUCCUAGAUUCUCGCAGGAGGAGGGGUCAGAUGCAAUAUCUCAUUGACUGGAAGGGAUACGGCCCGGAGGAGAGAUCGUGGGAUUCAACUAAGGACAUCUUGGAUUCAUCACUUAUUAGAGACUUUCACCAAACUCACCCAGAUCGUCCGGCACCCAGACCAAGGGGUCGUCCUAGAAGAACACCUAGAGGUGUUCCUAGGGGGAGGGAAUCUGUAACGUUUGAUCAGGCUCCAGUCCACCAGAGGGAGCCUUCACCUGAAUAUUGAACUCUGCCAUUUCCUGUUCCUGCCACAUCAUUUCCUGUCUUGUCAUUUCCUGUCACCCUGUAUAGAAGUCAUUUGUUUGCACUGCCAUUUUGCGAAGUAUUGCCUGUUCACUGUCUUACUAAGUGUUAUUUCCUUGUUCCUUUGUUGAUACUUGUUAUGAUCUUUGCUUUUGCUCUGUGGACUAACGUUUUUGGACUACUGUUUUGGAUUUGUCUGCCAGUGGAUUGUUUUGCCUGUGUUUUGACCCAAGCCUGUGACCUGACCACGAGUUGUGAAUAUUGUUUGGAUUUUAUGCUCAGAUCCUAUAAUAAAGACCCGCUUAUGGAAUCCACUCAGCCUAAAUCCUCCUUACAACUAUAAUACAGUGAACUGUGAUAUAUUAUACCCCAAAAUUAUUCAUACAGUGGACUACUAGUGAAAUUGAUUAAUAAUAAUAAUAAAAUUGGGACCAAAAAUAAUCAGCACCAUAUAAAGCACCAUGUUUUGCUUACGUGUCUUUUUUCCUGAAUUGUUAAUGUUAAACCUUUUCACCCCACAUUCUGAACAAAAU